AUGUCCCCCAGCCUGCGCCUGCCCACCCGGGCCGCCCUGCUGUCCCACUCCCUGCCCGAGUCGGGGGUCCCCCGGGAUCCCCCAGCCCCCGCUGCUGCCUCUCCUCCGCCCCGCACCCCGCACCCCCGGGGUCCCCCGGAGCCCUCGCGCCCCCGGGGCCUGGCCGAGAUGCCGGGGCCGAGCUCCACCGCCUUCAUCUUCGAGCUGCUGUGCCGAGGAGGGGUGCGGAGGCUGCAUGAGAUGCAGGUCCACGGGCGGUCCCGGUUCGGGCCGCUCUGGAAGGCCCGGUUCGGGCCGGUGCUCACGGUGCACGUGGCCGACCCCGCGCUCGUGGCUCAGGUGCUGCGGCAGGGGGGGGAGGGCGAGGCGUGGCGGGGGUCUCGGCGGGUGCUGGCGCGGGGGCUGCUCCGCCCGGGGGCUGCCGAGGCCUUCGCGGGGCCGGUGGCCGCCGUGGUGGCCGAGCUGGUGGCGCGGCUGCAGCGGCUGCGGCGGCAGCACCCGCGGGGGAUCGUCCCCGACAUCGGCACCGAGUUCAACCGCUUCGGCCUCGAGGCCAUCUCCUGGGUGCUGUUCUCGUCCCGCCUGGGCUGCCUGGGGGACACCGGCGAGGCCGCCGAGGGUGUGAUCCGCUGCGUGGGGGCGGUGCUGGCACUGACGCUGGUGACAAUGGCACUGCCCCGUCCCCUCCUGCGCCUCGUUCCUGCGCCCUGGGACGCCUUCUGCCGCGCCUGGGACCAGCUCUUCGCCUUCGCCAAGGGACACGUGGACCGGCGCGUGGCCGAGGUGGCCGCGUGGGGGUCACCGGCCGAGGGGGACACGUGUGUCACCGACCUGCUGGCCCGGGAGCACGUCCCCGUCAGCAGCAUCUACGGGAACGUCACCGAGCUGCUGCUGGCCGGGGUGGACACGGUGGCCAGCACGCUGGCCUGGAGCCUGUACGAGCUGGCGCGGAACCCGGGGACGCAGGCGGCCCUGCACCGCGAGCUGCUGGCUGCCACUGCCACCAACAGGGGCACCCGCGGUGACAGUGCCACCACCGACAGGGCCACUGCUGCUGCCACCGCCGCUGCGCUGGCACGGCUGCCGCUGCUCCGGGCUGUGGUGAAGGAGACCCUCAGGCUGUACCCUGUCAUCCCGGCCAAUGCCCGCGUCGUCCCCAACUGCGACAUCCGCGUUGGUGACUACCUGGUGCCACGCCAGACCCUCAUCACCCUGUGCCAUUACGCCACGUCCCGCGACAGCCGCUUCUUCCCAGCGCCCGACGCCUUCCGCCCGGAGCGCUGGCUGCGCCACGGGGACAGCGGGGACACGCCUGGGGACACUCCCGGGCACCCCCCCGGCCCCGGGCACCCCCCCGGCCCCGGGCACCCCUUCGCCUCUCUGCCCUUCGGCCUCGGCCCUCGCAGCUGUGUCGGGCGCCGCUUGGCUGAGCUGCAGCUGCACAUGGCACUGGCACAGAUCCUGCUGCGCUUCGAGGUGCGGCCGGAGCCCGGGGGGGGCCGCGUGCGCCCCAUGACCCGCACCCUGCUGGCCCCCGCCACCCCCAUCAGCCUGCGCUUCCUCGAGCGGUGACAGCGGGGACAGCGGGGACAGCCGAGACACCAGAGGCUUUGGAGACCCAGGGACAGCGGGGACACUGGGGACACCAGAGGCUUUGGAGACCCAGGGACAGUGGGGACACUGGGGACACCAGAGGCUUUGGAGACCCAGGGACAGCGGCGGGACCUUGACCCUGGUCCUGACUUCACCACCAGUAAUGACACUCACCCCAGUGGUGGCCUUGACACCACAGUGUCCCCAAGGUCAUCAGGUCCCUGGACCUUGUGGUGGCCCUGACCCUGUGGGUGACUCCUGGUGACCCCAACUCCAGAACUGGCCCUGACACUGCUGUGGCCCCACAGUGACACCGACCGUGGUGGUCCUGACCCCAGCAGUGUCACAAGCCCUGUGCUGGCUCUGACCCCAAGGUGUCCCCAACCCCGUGGUGACCCCAGCCUUGGUGGUGGCUGUGACCCCAGGGUGUCCCCAGCCCUGCAGCGCUCCCCCUCUGCCGGGGGA